AUUUUUGUCCAUAAAAACCAAUAAUUGUAUCUGCUAUAUGAGAAGUAUACAUAGACGUUGAAGUGUAAAGGAUAUAUAAUACUUGUGAGCUUAGAAAACAGCAAGAAGCAAUUAAGCAUUUGUCUUUCUCCUUUGCAAGUGUUUCCCAUCUCUUCUUCAUAACCAAUGUCACCACCGUCGUCUUUGCUGCAAAAUGAAGUCGGAAAAGCUCAUCACCACCAUAAUCCACCACUACCAAAACCAGUCCAACGAAAGCCUGGUGGAUGGAGGUCCAUGCCUUAUAUUUUAGGAAAUGAAUCUUUUGAAAGACUCGCGUCAAUUGGGUUGGUAGCUAACUUCACGGUGUUUCUAAUGACGGUAUUCCACAUGAACCAAGUAUCAGCGUCAAACCUAAUCAACAUUUGGUAUGGAAUUAACAAUUUUCUCCCGCUCAUUGGAGCCUUCAUCUCUGAUGCUUAUGUUGGCAAAUUUUGGGUCAUCGCCUUCUCCUCUUUCGCUACUCUUUUGGGAAUGGUGACCAUGACCUUAAUAGUAGCAUUGCCAAAGUUGCACCCACCAUCAUGUGCCCGUCAACAAGCCCUACUCAACCAAUGUGAGGGUGCAACCACUAGACAGUUUGGCUUCUUGGUCUUGGCCCUCGGGUUCCUGUCCGUAGGAACGGGUGGGAUAAGGCCUUGCAGUCUACCAUUUGGCGUGGAUCAGUUUGACCCAACCACUGAUGAAGGUAGGAAAGGCAUUGAUAGCUUCUUCAAUUGGUAUUACACCACCUUUACUAUCAUUAUGCUCAUAUCCAUGACCGUAGUCGUCUACAUCCAAGACUCGGUGAGUUGGGUCUUGGGGUUCAGUAUCCCAACUAUACUCAUGGCAUGCUCCAUUGUGUUGUUCUUUGUGGGUUCUAAAAUGUACAUUUACGUCAAACCCAGUGGUAGUAUUUUCUCUGGGAUGGCGCAAACGCUUGUUGCGGCUUACAAGAAACGUAAUCUUCAAGUUGAAAAGGCAAUGCUAUAUGAUCCGCCUAUGACUAAAGGAACAUACCAAUUUCAAAAGUUGCCUCUGACUAAUCGAUUUAGGUACUUGAACAAAGCAGCUAUAAUAUUGGAUGGUGAAACAAACCCGGACGGAUCUCGAGUAAGUUCUUGGAACUUGGCAAGUAUACAACAAGUUGAAGAAGUAAAAUGCCUAAUAAAAGUUAUUCCUAUAUUAGUCUCGGGUGUUAUAUGUUACACAGCGUUAGUCCAACAAUGGACUUUCACUGUGACACAAGCCCUGAAAAUGGAUCGUCAUCUUGGUCCACACUUUCAGAUACCAGCAGGGUCAAUAGGUGUCAUAUCCAUGAUCACCAUCGGGAUAUGGCUCCCAAUCUAUGACAGGAUCCUUGUCCCAUCUCUUCGAAAAAUAACAAAAAUAGAAAGUGGGAUAACGCUCCUCCAACGUAUCGGAAUUGGUAUUGUUUUUUCUAUCUUGGCGAUGAUUGCUGCUGCAAUGGUUGAGAAAAAGAGACGUGAUUCUGCAACUUCUCACAACCGGCCAGACGGGGUGGCACCCUUGUCGGUCAUGUGGCUCGCACCACAACUGAUCUUGAUGGCGUUUGCCGAGGUGUUUAACCUUCUCGGCCUAUUGGAGUUUUACUAUAAGGAGUUUCCGGAUAACAUGAAAAGUAUGAGUACUGCGAUGUUCUGUGUGAUGGCUGGGGUGGGAAAUUAUUUGAGUAGUGCAUUGGUUACUACGGUGCAUAAGGUGACCGGAAAACAUGGACAACCGAAUUGGUUAGCCGCCGACAUCAACGCUGGCAGGGUCGAUUACUUUUAUUAUGUGAUAGCUGGAUUGGGGGUGUUGAAUAUGGGUUAUCAUCUUAUAGUCUCAUCUCAAUAUCAAUACAAGGAAAAGAUCCAAGGUAGUGAAGAAGAAUCCAAGUUGGAUAUUGAGUUAAAUGUGUCAAAAAAAUGAUAUCAUUUUGCUUUGUAGAGAUUGGUACAAGAAUAUAUAUGUGUUAUAAUAUCUAGUUGUAAUGUAACAAAACGGGAGAUGAAUAUGGUUAUAGUUAUGAUAUAAUGUAUGCAUAUGGUGCACUUUUUAAAA